AUGCCGAAGAAGUUCCAGGGCGAGAACUCCAAGGCGGCCACAGCCAGAGCCCGCAAGGCUGAGGCCAAGGCAGUGGCAGAUGCUCGCAAGAAGCAGGAAGAGGAUGAUGCGUUGUGGCAGGAAACAGACAAACAUGUACUCAAAAAAGAACAGCGGAAGGACGACAAGGAGAAAAAGAGGUUGGAGGUCUUGGAGAGGAAAAAGGAAUCCCAGCGACUAUUGGAUGAGGAGAAUGCCAGGAUAAAAGGCAAAGCUCAGAAGGAGGGAGGAAGUGGUGGAAAGGUGACCCGGGCCCAGAUAGAGGAGGCUAUUCACAGUGUCCCACCGCCUCAGCAGCUCAAGCCAAAAGACAAGAGUCAUCUGGAGAUUCCACUUGUGGAAAACGUAAAUAGAAUUAUUCUGGAGGAAGGAACGGUGGAAGCUAGAACAGUAGAAGAUGCCAUUGCUGUGCUAAGCAUUGCUCCUGAAGACCUAGAUCGCCACCCGGAACGCCGGAUGAAAGCGGCUUUCACGGCGUACGAGGAGGCCAACAUGCCUCGUUUGAAGAUGGAAAACCCCAACAUGCGAUUGUCUCAGUUAAAGCAGCUGCUGAAAAAGGAGUGGAUGAAAUCUCCAGAGAAUCCCCUGAAUCAAAAGUUUGCUGCUUACAACUCAAAGUGA